AUGUCAAAGACUAAGAAAUAAGUAAUUAAAUUGAAAAAAAUAAAGAAGUUUAUAGAAAUCCCUUUUAUUUAGACCAUAGAAGAAGAUUUAAGUGAUGAUCUACAAAUGUUAUUAGAAAAAGUUGAUCAAUCCAAGAAAAAUGAAACUGCAAGGUAGCAUUUAAAUAAGUUUUAAGUCAAUAAAAAACAUUCUCUAAAGGUAUCAAAGAAGCUAGAUUUUAAUAAUAAUCAAUAGCCUGUUCAAUGUCAAAAGAACAAGACUAGGAAACAAAUAAUCAUUUCUAAAUAAAUGUAUGCCCAUCAGAAAAAGAUUGAAGAAUUGUAUACCCAUCUUUUUGGUCUUCAAUGCCUCUUUAAUGCAGUAAAAAUUUAAAAGGAAGAAAAGCAGAAUAAACUACAAGACUUGAUACUUCCAUAGAAUGAAAAAAUAAAACCAAAAUAAAAUCUAAAAAGAAUAUUUUGCCAAAUUUUAGCACAAAAAUAUUAGCAAGUAAAAAUGAAAGCAAUUUAUGAAGAUAAUAAUCAUAAUAAAUAGUUGAUAUUAACAAGUAAAAAAAUGCUUGGUUACAAGAGUGAAUAAGAAAUAGAUAAUCGAACUUAUUAUAUAAAUUAAAAUGAAUUUAUAUUUUUUUGUCAAGAAUAUUUCAGAUAUAUAAUCGAAAAUCAACACACUAUUAAAGAAAAAGUAGAAUUUUCAAAUAAAGAAAUUUCACAUUUUGUUAGUGAAAAAAGCGAAAAGUUUUAACAAAGACUUAGAGUUAAGUAUUAGCUAAAUUGGAUAAGAAUAUCAGUUGAGACAAGAAAAGCAUUCAAAGUCUAAUCAAAAAGAUUUGAAAGCUUGAUGCUAAGAAAAAUUAAAACAGAAACUCAUAAAAAAGGUUACUGCUAAGAGAAAAAGUAGUGUUUUGAAGUAAAGCAAAGAAGAAGUAUAAAUAAAGAAUAGAAAAUAAAUGAUACUAAUAAAGUCCAAAGAAAUCACCUGAAUAAUUUAGUUUUGAAAAAUAAAAUGGAUUAAUUCAAUAAUAAAUUAACUAGCCUUGCUUACAAGCAUAAAUUAAGAUAAAAUAAUGAAAAAAAUUAAAAAUUUUUACUAAUUUAAAGCAAAGAAAAAACAAAAAGUUUAAUUUCAAGCUUUGACUCUGAAAACUAGUAAAGAGUGAAGUAGUAACUAAGUCUUAAUUACUCACUUGCGAAGAUAAUUAACACAGAUUUUGACUCAUUAGAGUAUUUCGCGUCUGAUAGUUAGAAAAGCUUAAACAAUCACUCACAAAAAUUAAAAAUUAAAAAUAUUCAAGAGGAGCCAUUUAAAAAAAAUUGUACCAAUAAUAAAAGCUAAUAAUAGCUUAAUAAUUGUUAAUAAUAAGUUGGUUCUCAGUUAUUAUAAGUAUAAAAAUUGAGUUUAUAAGAUAAUUCUAAGCUUAAAUCUAAUAGCGAAUUUGGAAAAUUGAGAAACAUAUUAAAAGUUAAAGAAGAUAAGCUUCUUGGUGGAGGAAUAUGUGGCAGUAGGUAAAGAGUUGGAACUUCAAAUAUAGUUUAAAUAUAAAAAUAGAAAUAGAAUCUAUAAUAAAUUAUUCAUGAAAAGGAUAAACUUGAAUAAGACUUUUAAGUUUAAAAUUCUGAAGAGUAACAACAAAUUGAGGAUGAUGAAAUCACUUUUAAAGAGUUUAAUAAAUAGUAUAAAAAAUAUAUUAAUGAUGAUCAAAUUAGUGAAAAAAUAAUAGAAGGACAUGUAAGAAAGAUUAUUGAAAAAAGUCUUUAUGAAUAUAGAGAAUACAUAAUUUAAGUAGAUAUUAGACAUAAAGUUAUUGAUAUGAUUAAUUUAUUAAUCAAUUAUUUUCUUAUCAUUAGAUAAAGCAAGUCAACUUAGUCAAUACAAUCUGAUAUUAACUUAAUAAAUAGUAAGUUGGAAACACUUAUUAUUUACUGCAAAGAGAAUAAAGAAAGACAUCCUUGUUUGGAUCUUUAUCAAUAUUUUGAUAUCUUAAAAACUUUGAAUGGUUAAAGAUAAGGUUUAGAUGAAAUUAAUAAAAGUGUUGCUGCCUAAAUUAUUUCAAAAGUUAUUCAAGUUGCUAAAUUUGGAGCUGGAUUUGUCAGUAUAGCUGGAGCUAUCUAAAAUUUUACUAAUAUAAAUUUAAGCGAAAUAGACACUUUUAUCAAAGAAAUUAAAUUAAUUGUUCAAAAACUGACUAUUGAAUCUUAAACUGAUUUCGUUAAAAUAGGACUUGAAAGCUAUUCUGACUACAAUUCUAAUAAUAUUGCAAAUAAUAUGUAAGCAUUGUGGCUUAGAAAAGUUUAGUAUCUGGGAGAUAAUCUUUCUCAGUAAGAUCCAAUUUAAGAAAUCAUGUUUUAUUUAGAAGAAUCUCCUAAAAUAGUAAAUAAAGACACAUAAUUAUUUGUUUACAUGCAAUUAAAUUAUUUAUUGUCAAAGCAAUAAAUAGAAGAUAAUUUCUAAAAGAUUUCUAAAAUAUUUGAAGAUAAGUAAAAGCAAGAACUUAUUACGCAAUUAUCAGAUAUUCUGUAAGUUAAAGAAUAUUCUGAAAGCAUUUUAGAUAAAAUAAAAAUGAUAGCAAAUUUAAUAGCUCAAAACAAUUAAUUUAGAUAUAUUAAAGCUUAGUUACUUUUGUACUUUGCUUAAAUAAUUUAAAAUACUAAUUAAAAUUCAUUUACAGAAAUUAUGACCACCAUUAUCUCUAAUUACUUGUCAGAAAAAUAAAAAUCAGUUAAAAUUAUUUACAAAAAUAAUUAAAUUAUUGCAGAUUUUAUUCAUAACCGUCUUAAUAAAACUUAAAUCUUAGUAGAAACAAAUUAGUUCAAACGUUAAAUGACAAAGUAUUUAGAUAAUAAACAAGAAUAUAAUAAUUUUGCAUAUGAAAUUUUAAAUGAAAAAGACUUAGAUAAGUAGCUUGCAAAGUAUUUUGUUGAAUUGUGGGAAUAAAGUGUGUAAUAGAGAUAGAAAAGGCUAGAAAUAACACAUAAAGAUGAUGUAUUACUUGAAGCAAUUCAUUUAUAUGUUAAUUAAUAGAUUACAUACUAGGAAGGUUAUAAAAUUAACACAGAAGGAAGAGAUGCUGUAAAAUAGAUUAUUGAAUAAUUCCUCAUUCCAAACUUUGUAUUUUCUUCUGAUGAUAGUUAAAAUAAAGAAGAAAGCUAGUAAAAUUAGGAAAAAGUUAAUUAAAAUAAUUGUAAAAUCAUAUCAAUUUUAGCAGAAGGAGGUUCGGGAAAGUCAAUGCUGUUAAAAAAGUUAGAAGUUGAACUACUGAAUCGUGAUUCAGAAUACACAAGAGAUACUAGAUCUGAUUUCAUUCCAUUUAUCAUUAAGUGCAACUCUUUAGAUAGAAAAUAGCCAUCUUUAGAAGACUAUUUAGAAUCUGUGAAAAUAAAGAGAAAAGACAUCGAUAUGCUAAAAAACUCUGAAAGAAAUAAACUAAUCAUGCUCGAUGGUUAUGAUGAAUAUACAGGAGAAUACUUUAAGGUUUAUGAGAAAUUAAAACUCAACGAAUGGGUAAAUACUCUGGUUAUUGUUACUUCUAGAUUAGAGAAAAUAACAAUAUCUGAUGCUAAAAAGUACUUUAACUACUAUGAUAACUAAGGAAAAUAAGCUAAAAAUAAUAAUUCUUUUGGAAUCUUCAAACUUGAAAAAAUUACAGACAAAGACAUUGAAGAUUACUUAGAAAAGUAUAAAAAAUAUUCAGAAAAUAAGAAAGAUUUUAAUAUAAAUCAACACAAUUCAAUUAAAGAUAUUAUAUUAAAAAACAAAUAGCUAAAUAAAUUAUUAACUCUCCCUAUUAAUUUAUACCUCACUACAAGAAUGAUUGCAGAUAUUGAUAUUAUUGAUCAAAAAGUUUCAAAGGCCUUGUAAAAAGUUUCAGAUCAGAUAGAGAUAUAAGAGUUUUUUUUCUAAUAACAAUUCAAAAGCCAAUCUCAAAUUUAUAUUAAAGAUUAAUAAAACUUAAAUUUGAAUGAGAAAUAAAAACAAGAAUUAAUUGAAAAAGUAUAAUUAUGUUACUUUGAAUACUUUUAGUUAAUUGCUAUGCAAAUGUUUAUUUAAAAAGGUGAAAAAUCAAAUUAUCUUUCAACAACAAAAGAAUCUAUUAAAUUCUAACCAAGCCAAGACGCAUCUGUUCUUUUCAAAAAAUGUAAUCUAAAAAUAGAUAGCCUCAUAAAAAAGAUAGCUAACUAUGUUGAUUCUAGAGUCAUUACAAGAAUUAACUUAGAUUUAGAUGCAGAAAAUACUAAUCAUAAAUCUUAAAAUAAUAAAAAGAAAGAUUAAGAAAACAAUAAAUGUUAAGAAUUUGAGUUCAGACAUAAAUCUCUUUUUGAAUAUUUUGCUGCCAGAGCUAUGAAAUACGAUUUUGAUAUUCAUGGAGAAAAUAUCUAUAAAUUAGAUAUAAAAUAACUAAAAGAAUUUAAUAUAAAUAAAAGAAUUGUGAUGAGCAACUAAUCAGAGCAAUAAAUUCUUAUAAAGCUUUACAAAUUGAUGUAAUCUGAUAUAUAUUCAUCGUUUUUUGAGAAUAAUUAUAGCGAAGAAGACAUAUCUAAAACAAAUAAGUAUAUUCAAUUCAUUAAAAAAUCUACAAUUUCAAAAUCCACUGAAAAAAGCUAAAUCGAUGUUGGAGCAUCUAAUUUAUUAUCAGCACUCUAUCUUUCAAAAUUCUCAUUUACUGAUUUGACUUUCAAAAAAUGUUCAUUUUCUUAAGCUUACAUCUUUACUUAAGAAUCUAGACUUACUGAAUUUAAGGAUUGUAACUUAAGUCAUUCGUAUAUUCACAAUCAAAAUUUAGAUAACUAUGAAACUUCUAACACUAAAAAUGCAGCUUUGGGUGGUUUCUAAAAAUAAUUUGGUACUGAUGACAUUUAUUCUUUUAAGCAAGUUAUAUUUUAUAAAAAUACUCUUGUAUCUAUAACAAGAACUGGAUAUAUCAAUUAAUUCGAAAUUUCUCAUAAUAAAAAUCAACCUUGUAAAAAAUUAUAAUCAAAAAAAAUUACUCAUUCUGAUUUGUAAAGUAUUCACUAUGUUAGCAUAAAAAAUAUUUUUAUUAUUAGAGCAUUUAGAUCUAUAUUUGAGAUUAAUACUCAGACUUUUGAGACUAUUAAUACUUUCACUUUUGAUUUUCGAAUUUCCAGUUUAGCAAUAAAUAAUUCAAAAUACUUAAUUACGUUAAAAACAGAAUAAAUAUUUUAUGGAGAUAUAUAAAAUGGUUUCAUUCUUCUUGAUGAAAGCAAAAUUUAAGCUAAAUAAUGUUUUAUGCUAAACAAUUCAAUCAUAGCUUUUUAAAAUAAAGAAAUUAACAUUUAUAAUUUAGCAGAUUUAUAAAUUAUAAAAAAUGUAAAAAAUGAUAUUCAGAAUAUGCAUUUAUUUUCUUUUACUUCAGAAUACAAGUACCUCGCAAUAGGUUUUGAAGAUUAAACUUGUUAAAUAUGGAGUGCAGAAAAUGGAUUUGAAGUCAUAAAGACAACUAAAGAACAUAGGUUGACUAUUAAUACUCUUGCUUUUUCUUCAAAAGGUAAAUAUCUGGCAACAAGUUCAAGCGAUAAAACUUGCAUAUUUUAGAAUUUAGAGAGGGAAUUCUAAUUAAUAAAAACUAUUGAUGAAAGGUAAAACAAAAUAGUUAACUCAAUUGUUUUUUCUGAAGAUGGAAAGUAUUUUGCAAUUGGUUCAAAAGAUAACACUUGCAAAAUAUUUAAUGUAGAAAAUAACUUCGAAUACAUAAAUACUAUAGAAGCACAUAGUGAUUCGAUCUCUUCUGUUGCUUUUUCUGCUGAUGGCAAGUAUCUUGCAACAGGUUCUUAUGAUAACACCUGCAGAAUCUGGAUAGUAUAAAAUGAAUUAUAAAUGAUAGAUACGGUACUAGAACAUACUGAUAAGAUUUCUUCAGUUGCUUUUUCUCCUGAUAGCAAGUACCUUGCAACAGGUUCUUUAGAUAAUACUUGCAAAAUCUGGGAUCUACAUAAAUUAUAACACGUAUAAACAAUAGGAGAACACACUUCAGGAAUUUGUUAAGUUGCUUUUUCUCCAGACAAUAAAUAUCUAGCAACUGUUUAUUAGGAUGAUACAUGCAAAAUCUGGGAUGUAGAAAAUAAAUUUAAGUUUGUAAAUUCUAUUCAAACAGGAUUAACUUGUCAAGUAGCUUUUUCAGCUGAUGGUAAUUAUUUGGCAACAAGUGCAUAUGAUCACAGUAUUUUCAUAGUAAAUAUCUGGAAUAUUAAAAAUGGAUUUGAACAUCUUAAAAAAAUUGAAACUGACCAUGCUGAUUAGAUUAUCUCACUUGCUUUUUCUGCUGAUGGUCAAUAUCUCGCGUCAGGUUCAUAAGAUAGAACAUGCAAAGUUUGGAAUGUAGAAAAUGGAUUCGAACAAGUAAUAACUAUUUAAGGACAUACUGAUAGAAUUUCUUCGAUUCUUUUUUCUCCGGAUAGCAAGUAUCUUGCAACUGGUUCAUUUGAUAACACUUGCUAAAUCUGGAAUGUAGAAGAAAAAUUUUAAAUCUUCAAUGGAAUUUAAGUCUGUGAUGAUGUUUUGUCAAUAGCUUUUUCUGUAGACGGAAAGUACCUAGCAACAGGUUCAGAAGAUAAUACUUGCAUAUUGUGGAAUUUAGAUUAUGAAUUUAAGCUUAAUAUUAGUUUGAUAAACGAUAAUUAUUUUCAUGAAUAAAUUUUUUCCCUUUGUUUUUCUCCAGAUAAUAAGUAUUUAGCAACUACACAUACUAAUAAUAAAUGCAAAAUUUGGAAUUUAGAGAAUGGAUUUGAGCUUAUUUACACUAUUGAAGGGCAUGAUAUAUUUAUUUCUUCAAUUACUUUUUCUUCAGAUGCUAAGUACCUCGCAACAGGUUCAGGUGAUUUCACAUGUAAAAUCUGGAAAGUUGAAAAUGGAUUCGAGUUAAUUAAAGUUAUAGAUGGACAUACUUAUCAAUUUGAGUCAAUCGCUUUUUCUAUAGAUGGCAAGUACCUAGCAACAGGUUCUAAUGAUAAGACUUGCAAAAUCUGGAAUAUAUAAAAUGGAUUUAAGCUAAUUAAAACGGUUGAAGGAUUUGAAAAAGGAAUUUGCUCAGUUGUUUUUUCUGCUAAUUGCCAAUAUCUUGCAACAGCUUCUUUAGAUUGCAAAAUUUGGAAUAUAGAAAAUAGUUUUUAACUCUUAAAAACAAUUGAAGGAAAAGAUUAUGAUUAUUUUUAUAAAGUUAAUUUUUCUUCAGAUGGAAGGUUACUCCUAACAAUUUCAAAAUAUUAAAGUUGCAAAAUCUGGAAUGUAGAAAAUGGAUUCUAACUUAUAGAUUCGAUAGAAGAGGAUUAUCUUAUAAAUUCAGUUGAUUUUUCUGCAGAUUCCAAAUAUUUAGUAAUAUGCCCUAGGUUUAAAAAUUUUAAAAUCUGGAAUGUAGAAAAUAAAUUUUAAUUCAUUUAUUAAAUGGAUAAAAAAAUUGAUUAUUAAUUUUUUGAUUUAGCUGCUAUUUCUAAAGAUUGCAAGUACCUAGCAACCACUAAUUGUAAUACAAUUAAUAUCUGGAAUUUUGAAAAAGGUUUGAAACUAUUGAAUAAAAAUGAAACAUAAAAUAAAGAAAUUUAGGCAAAUUCAUCUUAAAAAAAUUAAAAUAUUAAAAUUGUUUUCUCAUUAGUUUAUAUUGUUUGA